AUUGCAUUGCCACAUUUCCUUGUGUUUGCGGUCUGUUUAAUCACGCCGCUUGACUCAUCGCCAGAAAAGUGCGAGGAUUCCUGUCCAGCCAAAAUGGCCAACAACGAGCAGACCUUCAUCAUGAUCAAGCCCGACGGCGUCGCCCGGGGUCUCGUUGGCGAGAUCAUCAAGCGCUUUGAGGCAAAGGGGUACUACCUGCGUGCCCUCAAAAUGAUGAACGUGCCCAAGGAGCUGGCUGAGGAGCACUAUGUCGACUUAGCAAGCAAGCCCUUCUACCCUGGCCUGGUCAACUACAUCGUCAGCGGCCCUGUGGUGGCCACUGUCUGGGAGGGCAAGGGCGUUGUUGUCACUGGCAGGAAGCUGGUGGGCGCAACAAACCCCCUGGCAUCAGAGCCUGGCAGCAUCCGUGGAGACUAUGCCAUCGACGUGGGCCGCAACAUCAUCCACGGCUCAGAUGCCGUGGAGAGCGCCAAGCGCGAGAUUGCUCUGUGGUUCCCAGACGGCCUCGCUGACAACAAGCCCAGCACACAGUGGAUCUACGAGUAGGUGGCUAGAUGGCGUGCUGCAAAGAAUGACCGUCAAUGCAGCGUUCUGCAAAGAAUGAAUUGCUACCAAUUACUCUGUACUGAGCUAGUAUCCACAGUAGCUCAUUGUUUACGAUAAAUUUAACAAGUCUUCAAAGGUCCGUCAGACUGUGGUUAUAAGAUCGAAUGCAUUGCAGUGCACGGCAGAAUGUGCUGCAAAGGUGCAAUCGGCCUGACAGUGCUGUGGUGUCAGCAGUAGGCUUUACAAUGUAAACCUUUUGUGUGCAGCUC